GUGACAUUAUAAAUGUUAUAACAGGUUUAAUGAAACAAAGCACAUGUCUUUGUUCGGGAUGUGGUUUAUGUAAUUCAUUACCUGUACUUGCACAACAUCAUCAAGAUCCUGCUUGUGUUUUGGGGUGCUCACCGUCUUUCGAACAUCCUCAAAGAAUAUUUUGUCGAAGUUCAUUUGUAAUAAGCGGGACGGUGAAAAGUGUCGUUAAAAUAGAUGGACCACCUGAAGAUGCAGGGACAGAUAAUCUGGCUGUGUAUAAAUAUCGAAUACUUAGUAAUAGGAAAUUGAAGGGCCCUGCACAGAUGAAGACAGGCAACGAGGUUAUAGUUGAGACAUCGGGGAAUGGCGCACUCUGUUCACUUAGACUGACUGUUGGAGAGGAAUAUGUCUUAUCAGGCGUUAAAACUGCAGCAGGAGAGUAUCGAAGCCUUUCCUCAGAUAUUGUAUAUAAGAUCAAAGACCUUGAGAAUCUCUCAUUGGUUCGGGAAUAUUUGUUAGGAACUGGUAGAAAUACGUAUAAAAGAAACUGUAACCGUGGGUGCACAGAUAUCAGCACACAAUCAAGCUACUGUAAGACGCCAAGUAUUGCUGAUCCAUUCACUUUCUUUGUUAUAAAAUGUUACUCGGACCACGCAAUCUGUAAAAAGAGAAACAGAAAAUGCAGUUGGUUCAAUGAUAACAGUUGUAAACUAAGUGUUAUGCCAAUUCCGUAAACACAUGAACAAUACUUGAAUAAAUGUUAUCAAACUCA